AGGUGACAGGCUGACAGUGACGAUUAUCAGACAUAAACAACACUGUCAGUGUUAUACGCUAUUUAUAGCGGCCUAAUGCUGCUGCUGAUACUAAUAAUUGAAGAACGCGAUCUAUUUUCUGGUGUGUAGUAUUUAUCUUUAUCUAUUGUUGAACGCCAUAGCAUUACCAAACGUAACAGCUCCCUGGACUGCAUAACGUUUUGCUAAAAUUGUCAGGGGCAUUUUGAAGGCAGGCCUGUGGCGCGCUGAUGGCGAGCGUGUCCAGCCACCGGUUGCUGUGUGCAGGCUUUACAAACGUCAUCCAGAAGUGUUUAUCUGACAACUGAACGUCACCAUGUCGGGACCCAAUAGUGAUCAACUGCAUAGAUCCACAUUAAAAAUAUACUCGAACAUAAUGGAGCAGUUUAACCCCGGUCUGCAGAAGCUAGUGUCUCUGGGGAACAGCUAUUUCCAAGCUUUCCAAGCCCUGGCUGAGGCGAGCGAGGCCUACUUCAGUGCCCUGGCCAAGAUGGGCGAGCAGGCUCUGUACACCGUGUCCUCCGGGCCUUUGGGCGACGUCUUGAUUCAGAUUUCCGAUAGCCAAAGAAGACUCACUGCUGAGCUGGGAGGAGUCUUCCAGUGGUUCCAUGCCGAAGUGCUGCAGGUGAUGGACAAUAACGUCAUGCUGGACGAAGACUACAUCGCUGGCAGCAGGAGGCACUAUGAGGUGGAGGUGAGGAACCAGGCUGCUGCGCUGGAGAGACAGCUGAGGAGAGGGGCUUACAGAGACACGCUGGAGAGCAGUGAAUACAUGCAGUUCCUCAGGCAGAGUCACCGUGAGGUGUUGGUAGAGGAGGAGAGGAGGUAUCGCUUCCUGGCUGAGAAACACUGUGGCCUCACUCAGUCUAUGUUAUACCUCAUCAAUAAGACAGGAGCCUCCGUGCAGCAGAGAGCGGACGGGUGGAAGGAGAAAGUGAGCGAGACGAGGAUACCCCGAGCCCGCAGCCCUCUGCUCCCCGACCAGGGCACAGCGCGCCGAGCUUCUGUGGGCUCCCUCCUGCACACAGGAGUGAGGGAGGAGGACAGAGAGUACAGCUGGGCUGGCAGAGAGCAUCAGCAACUGGGGAAAGUGCCCUCUAGAGCUCCCUCGCCCCUGCCCAGUCGCUCGCGCUCCAGCUCUGUGGACGAGUCCCUGGGGAUGGGCGGGGCCAGGCACAUGCGGGCGCUGGUGGCUCACCCCGCCUCCUCCAACCCCACCCUGCUGCCCUUCUCCCGGGACGAGGUGGUGACCGUCAUGGUGCAGGAGCCCCGCAACGGCUGGCUUUAUGGCAGUGUAGAGAGCAGCUCGCGUCAUGGCUGGUUUCCCGCCGCUUACGUUGGGCCCCUCGAAGACACCCCUCGAUCCUCUGUAUCCGGCACAAGCAACCUAUUGGAGCAGGCCGAACUUACAGAUCGGUUAAACAAGAUGGACAGCAGAGGCUACGGCGAGAUCCCGCCCCCGGCUCCGCCCUCACGCCGAGGGUCAGCUGACCUGCGUCCCGUCACGCCCACUCCGGAGAGACGGACCGACUCUUCCUCCAAUGGCAAGGUGGCCAGUGUGCAUUAUGGGUUCAAGACCUCUCUGACAGACCAACUGGACCGGAAAGACCAAUCGGAAAGCAAAGCCUACAACGAGAUUCCGCCCUCCCGCAGGGGGUCAGCUGACCUGCGUCCGGUCACGCCCGCCCUGGAGAGACGAAUGGAGCCUUCCUCUGACAGCAAGCAUUAUGGGUACAGGAUCUCUCAGACAGAUCAACUGGAUCAGAAGGACCACUCGGACAGCAGAAGCUACAGCGAGAUCCCGCUCCCAGCUGCGCCCUCACGCAGGGGAUCAGCUGAUCUCCGUCCGGUCACGCCCACCCCUGAGAGACGGACGGAGUCCUCCUCUGACAGCAAGUGCGCGAUGCUGCAGGACGGCCGACCAGAACUCUUUCCCAGGGGGACGAAUCCUUUCGCGACGGUGAAACUUCGGCCCACAACCACCAAUGACAGAUCAGCCCCUCGGAUUCAGUGAUGUGCACCACAGCAACAACACCGCUGUGCUGCUACAAUGGUUGUGCGGUUCUUCGUCUCUGUGUUCGUCCAGCUCUCUUCUGGCACCAAGCUCUUGGAUGUGGACACACGGACGUGUACUUUUUGCUGAUUUUCAGAACUUCUUUUCCCUCUGCCUCUGGCGAAGAGGCACUGCUCUAUGUGUGUUGUGUUUCACCCACAGAUGAAAACAAAGGCUAAAACCAAGACUCGAUGCUCGCUGCUCUUUGGUGCGUGAACAGCCCCCGCGAAAGGAAACACCUUAGCAGCAGUUAACACCCGUCAGUCAUCCAUUAACUGAAUUUUGCAUGGCUGAAAAUGGGGCGACUCCAAAAACAGCUUCGGUAAAACAUGGACACAUGCAAAUACCAUGAAAUAAAAGCUGAUUUGUCUGUUACUUUUGUCUCAUAUUCAUGUUUUGAUCUCAGAUGUAGCAAAAAAUGUAGCAAAUUCUGCCAUACUUUUGGAGGACACCGCAUAUACAAGUACAGUAUAUGUAUGUAUAUAAACUGUAUAAAUUUGUGUCGAAGGUGAAUGCCACAACCACAAGUUACUGAGGCAACAGAAAAAAAAAUUGCAACAA